GCGGACGGGUGCGCUGACGCGUUACGUACGCGGUAGGGAGGGACGCGCAUGCGCGGCGGGCAGGAAGCGGCGGCGGCUGCUGCGGGAACAGGGGCUGCCGGGGCCACUGGCGCCAUGUCGGGCCGCUCGGUGCGGGCCGAGACCCGCAGCCGGGCCAAGGAUGACAUCAAAAAAGUGAUGGCGGCAAUCGAGCGCGUUCGAAAAUGGGAGAAGAAGUGGGUGACCGUCGGAGACACAUCCCUUCGGAUAUUCAAGUGGGUGCCUGUGGCCGACAGCAAGGAGAAAGAAAAGUCCAAAUCCAGUAGCGCUGCUGUCCGGGAGCCCAAUGGCUUUCCAGCUGAAGCUGCGGCCAAUUCAUCACUCCUCUUGGAGUUCCAGGAUGAAAACAGCAAUCAGAGCUCCUUGUCAGAUGCCUACCAACUCAAGGCUGACAGCAGCCCCGCCUCCAGCCCCAGCCCCCAGCAGAGCGAGUCAAUGAGCCCCACUCACACCUCUGACUUCCGCGCUGAUGACUCACAGCCGCCCACGCUGGGCCAGGAGCCGUUGGAAGAACCUGCCCUGCCUCCCUCUGAAGUAGCAGAUGAGCCCCCAACCCUCACAAAAGAAGAGCCAGUUCCUGUGGAGGGUCAGGCAGCCGGAGGGGAGGAUGAUUCUGGAGCACCUCCACUCAAGAGAUUUUGUCCUGACCAGAAUUCUGCGUGCCAUACAGCCUCCGAGAGCUAGCUAGCCAGCUUCUCCCCUGCAAUGCAGUCCUUCCCCAAGAGUCCGCCUGCCUUCCCUUGCCCCUGAGAUGUUCACCCUUUUGAAAACUGGGAUACCUGCCCACUGCCUCUCCAACAGUCAUCCUCCUGCUUUUCCUUGGGACCGAGCGCCCUCUUGGUGCCAACUUGCCUUUGCCCACCUCUGCUGAGAGUCGUCUUGCCCCCUCUCCCACCCUGCCUCACCACAUUCCCUUUCCUCUCUUCCCAUCCUCACUUGCACACCUAAGGGAUGAGCUGCUGCAGCCUCUUUUAUUUUUUCUCUCUCAAUCCUCUUUGUGGACUCUGGGCUGGGGAUUGUGGCUUAGGAGUUUCCCGGAGGACUGAGGAGUUUUCAGCACUUGAUUGGACAACCUCGAGGUCCCUCCUCCUGUUGGGAGCAAAAGAUUCUCCCUGGGAGGAAGGUCCAGACCUGAGGGAAGCCCAGCUGGGAUGUCGUGCAAUAGUUGUUGAGUUUUAAGCCAUUAGGACAGGAGGGAGCCAGCGAUUUGAAGGGGGGGGGGUCAUCUGGGUACCUGGUCUAAGACCCACAGACUUGGUUGCAAAGAAAGAAUUCUCCUUGCUAGGAUCUGCAAGCAGCACUGUUCAGGUGGAUUCCCCCUCCCUCAGGCAAUAAGGGAGCCACGUGCCUAAUGCCUGGAGCCAGUAGGGGCCUGCCUCAAAGCAGCCCCCUUCCUCUGGGGGAUAGCCCCGCUAGCGCAAUUGCCCCCAAGCCACUUGGCCCCCUCUGGACCCUGCAAACCUGACCCCUCCGUCACAAUCUGCACGCGGAAUCGAGUCUGUGAUUGAGGCCCUGCCGCGGCAAGAAGUGCUGGCCGCGCAGGGAAGCAAAGAGAUAUUUUAGCACUGAAGAGAAUAUUUUUAAAAUUAAAAUAUUUGAAAUAGA